AUGGGUGGACCUUCCAUGAUGUUUGAUGCUCCUCAAGUUGAUGAGGAUAAAAUUGAAGAAGACUUGGGUGGGCAUGAGGAGUCGGAUGAGAACGAAGAAGAGGACAUUCCCGCUGCCAACACACCCACCGAUGAGGAAGAGAUGAUGCAAAAGAUGAUGACAAUGAUAACGAGUAGUGGCUAUGGAAUGGCCUCUCCUUUUUGCAUCUUCACGGAGGAGGCCAGCACCAGCGGCGGCACGCUGUGCGGGCGCGGGUGCAGGCGGCGUGGGGAGACGGCGAGCGGCGGGCGCUGCGAACCCCGAGCGCCGUCCUCCUACACGCAGAUCCUCCUCCUCCUCCUUCUCUCCCCCCUCCGCCGUCAGGGCCUACGGGCGGAUCGAGCCGGCGGAGUCCAAGCUCUCCUCCGCGCAGAUCCUCCCCCUCCGCCCACCGCUGCCGAGGCCUGCGGGCGGAUCCUCCAUCUGCGUCGCCGUCGCCUCCUUCUGCGGCGCCCUGCAUCCAUUCACCACGCCCUCGCGCCUCCAUCAGCUACUCCUGCGGCGCCAUACAUCCAUCCGCGCCGCCCUCAGCCCCUCCUGCGGCUCGUCCUCGUCUCCUUCUGUGACGUCCUCCGAUUUGAGUUGGGCCGCCAGGAUCACAGUCCAUCAAUGUGCGAGACCCCCUUGCGGCCAAGAGCCGUCACCGUGCUGACGUCGGGAUCCCUGCGACGCCUCUGCCCGGCCUACGUGGUGCAGCCUGCCAAUCAACGUAGCACCGCCGCCGCCGUCGUCAAGAACGUCCGUGUGGCUGGGGCGACGACAUCUCCGAGGGCGUCACACCUGUGCCCAACGACUCAUCAUUCCGCAAUCGCGGGAUCACAACACAAGACUGAGAACCACUUGAUUAUCGGUAGGGGUGGUAAAAGGCCUAAAAGUUUAGCCUAGAUAAUUUAAAUGCCGGGCUAAAAAAGGACCGGGCUUACAUUUUAUAAAAUUUUGAGCUAAGAAGGCCAAGUUGGAUUGUGAAGAGAACAUUAGGGCCAUGAUCCACUACCACCUCUAAUUAUGGGUUUCCCUUUUAAGGUAAGUUUUUUAAAAUUUUAUGUUUUCCAAAUGAUUAUUUUAUAGAUUUAGAAAGGCAUGCCUUCCCUUUGUACGGUUGAUUUCUUGUGUGCAAGUUAUUUUAGAAAACAAUGAUAAAAUCAAGGUUUUUCUGAAUAUUGAUGACCAAAAAAAGAAAAUGAAGUGGAAGUGUUUUUACUAUAUUCUUAUGUGGUGGCAGAGCCUAAGUAAAAUCAAUAGGGGCUGAUUCAGAUGGCAUACUUCAGUAUCAAAAAAAAAAAUUUGUAAGUUACUCGUCAAUAGCAAGUCGUUGAUCAUAAGUGAAUUAGAUGCACAAAAUUUAUGCCUUGUAGAAUACCAAUUAUUUCCUAACUUUUGACAAAAAAGAAACGUAAUCAAGUGAUAUUUAAUUGCAGACCUUGAUUUUGUGACUUCUGGACAGGGCUUUGUAUCAUUGCUAUUCUAUUUAUGUCAUUGACUAUCUUUCUUUCACCUUGCGCAAUCUAUGGAUCGGCCAGAUAACCUCCAGGAUCGAAACGUUGUACCUGCUCAUUGUUGUUGAUUUUGCCUACAUGCUUCUCCUCUUGUUUCCAUACAUUUGUUCUGUUUGCU